AUUCGUCAAAGCAGAGUGAAUAUAAGUCAACUAGUAGGGAAUGUCAGCUUCUUUGGUUUUGCAUUUCGUACCGGAUUGCAUUUUUUUGGUUAGAUACAGGAACUUAAGCGCUGUGUAAUACUUGAAAUUAUGAUUCGAGUGACAAGGAAUUGAAUCAGCGACAUGUAUGGAUUGCUUCUCGAAGGAUUCAAGGAAUAUAUAUCUGCAGUGUACGGCGAUGAUAUGUGGUGGUUGGCCUACCAGCACGUCACGGGUAAACGUCAGCUUAUCCAAACCCGGGAUAUGUAUCCAGAGUCAUUUUUGCCCGACGUAGUAAAAUACUUGUCUGAUAUAAUGGAUGUCCCCGAGCUCGAAUUGUACUAUGAAUACGGUUACUUCUUUCUGAGAUUUCUCACAGAAUCUGGUUAUGGAAGCCUUCUGCGCGUGCUUGGAAGGGGAUUUGUAGAGUUUUUGCGCUCCCUGGAUGAUCUACAUCAUCAUCUCAGCUUCACUUACCAUAAAAUCAAAGCUCCCACUUUUACAAUUGCCGCUAUAACGGACACGACCAUUACCUUGCUAUACGAAAGCAAGAGAGAUUACUUUGGUCACUUCGUCUGCGGUCAGUUACUUGCAGCUGCGACUGUAUUCUAUCAUACGGAGGUGGAAGUAACAUUGAUAAGUCGGGUUGGAAACACCAACACGACCACAUUUACAUAUGAAAUAAAGAAUUUAGGCGGAACAUGGCCUACGGAAAUUGUAAAGAACGAGUUACCCGAAGAAUUUGUCGACGGAGUCCAGCUCUUACCAGUCAUCCAGGGCAGCGCGUUUUUUCCUCUGUUUCCCUUCCAUAUACUCUUCAAUGAAUCGAUGGAUAUCAUAAGCGCUGGAGAUGGCUACAGGCGGAUUGUACCUAAUUUAGAACGGAAGAAGUUAACGGAUCUCUUUCUGAUUUCAAGACCGCCCAUCUACCCAAAUGCAUCCGAGAUAAGGCUUCACCGACACAACACCUUCGAGUUGGUUCUGAUCUCAAGUAUGAAAGCCUUUGGUCAAUCAUUACGCGCAGUAUCACUUUCACAAGCGGCAUGCAAAUUCAAAGGACAAAUGUGUUUCGCGAAUGAGUGGGACAAGAUUCUCUUCUUGGGGAGCCCAGUAUUGAGGAACACACAACAGAUGGUGGACUGUGGCUUAUACAUUAGCGAAUUGAGCAUGUUUGAUCGGAGAAGAGACAUGAUCCUUGCUGGCGAUCAGCAGUCGGAGGAAUUGAUCCACUUGUACAAACGGCAAAUGCAUAAAAGCAAACGACUGGAGAAGAGUAUGAAGCAGGUCGAUGAUUUGUGCAAACGCACAAACGAGUUGCUGUACCAGUGCAUUCCGAAGGGAGUGGCCAGGAAACUCCGGGAUGGAACACCAGCUAUAGAAACCAUGCAGGCCUACAAUGUAGUAAGUAUUUGCUUCACCAAAGUGGUGAACUUCAGUACCAACUGCAUGAAGAUUACGGUGCAACAAAUAGUUGAGCUGCUGAACAAAAUGUACACGCUAUAUGAUUCACUUACGGAAUUGUACAGAGUGUACAAGGUUGAGACCAUUGGGGACAGCUACAUGUUGGUCUCGGGAGUCCCGCAACAUACCCCAUUGCACGCUGCCCAUAUUACGGAAAUAGCAUUGCAAAUAAUAGAGACAAGCCAGAAGAACCUAUAUUGGCCACAAAAGGCAGACGGAGCGAAUCUUUCCCCUUCAAUGGAAACAAUUAAGUUACUUAUAGGCUGCAACAGUGGGCCUAUCGUUGCUGGUGUUGUUGGCUACAAGACGCCGCGGUACUGUCUUUUUGGAGACACCGUGAACGCAGCCAGUCGCAUGAUGAGCAGCGGAUCGCCGGACAAAAUACACAUAAGCCAUUCGUUUGCUGAUGCUCUCUCUCCUUACCCAUACGUUUACAAGUAUAGAGGGAAGAUGGAUAUAAAGGGCAAAGGUAAAAUGGAUACUUACUUUAUCGAAGGACGCGCUACUGAAUUCGUCAUCGUGGAUAAAGUAACCGGCCUUCUACGUGACUUCACAGAGGUUUUAAAAUAUGAUGAUACUGAAUGCGAUAAUUAUGAAUCCGAUCAAUCAGAGUCUGGAGAGUCUAUGUCUAUGGAGCUAGCAGAUACAGAUUCUGACAGCAGUGACCUUGCAUCGGACAGUGGUGCAGCGAAUAAAAGAAUGUCAAAGAAAUCCAAGGUAACUACCACACGAGACGAAGGUGUCCAAAGAUCAGACAGAAUCCGAGCAAAUGGGGCCGUGUAGUCUUGUGGGUUAGCGGAUACGCCAAAACUUUUGAUGCCACCGAACAGGGAGAAGUCUUUUCAAACUCGCCGGCAACAACGCAAUGCUAGCGAUGCGAAUCCGGGUAGAAUAAGACGGAUGUUAACACAGGUUGACAUAGGUCGGAAGCGUGAACUGGGUAUGGCAUCAUGCCUUGUGGUGGCGAACAGAGCCCCAGAGACAGUAAAUGUGUUACGUCAAGCUGCUGUUCGUUUGAUCGAUGACAAUGUUAGAAGCGAAGCACAACUGCAGCAAAGUGGCUGUCCUCCAGAAAUCGUCCUUGAAACCGAAAACAACCAUGCGGAAGGCACAGUGGAGGGCGAUAUAGGAGCUACCUACAAUAGUUUACUUAUUGAUAGAGCUGCCAGAUCACUGAUGGAAACAGAUGAUUCACUGGAUUAGCUGCAUUUUGCCCAAUCUACUACGAGAGGCACAUAAGUGUUCGGAAAAAUAGUGGGAAAUCCGAUGGUAGCCAAGCUUACUCCCUUUCGGAUGCAGAAGAUUUCAAAAAUGCCUGACAUGUUUGCAACAAUCUUUUUUCUUGACAAUCGAAUUUAGCGCCAGUUUUAUAUACUCCUUCGCAUAACAUUAACAGAAACACUGGCAACGUAGUUAUUAAGUGUUGUUGUUACGCCUGAUUUGUUUAAAUAUACUUCGCUUGAAGCU